CCUCUUAAAUAGCGCUUGCCUUCCGGUUUUCUCUUCGCCCUGGUGGAUGUGAAAGAAUGACGUGUAAACGCCGUAACGGAGGGCGUGCAAAACAUGGCCGAGGCCAUGUGAAUCCAGUGCGCUGCACGAAUUGCGCACGAUGUGUCCCUAAGGACAAGGCGAUUAAAAAAUUCGUGAUCAGAAACAUCGUUGAGGCGGCUGCUGUGAGAGAUAUCACAGAAGCCAGUGUCUAUCAGGCAUACCAACUCCCCAAAUUGUACGCGAAGUUGCACUACUGCGUCUCUUGCGCCAUCCACUCCAAGGUUGUGCGCAAUAGAUCGAAAGCUGAUCGGCGCAUCAGGACACCUCCAGCUCGCAACUUCCCCAGGGAUAAUGUGCGCCAACCCCAACCGAACCGAAAGUAAUGUGUAUGAAAUUUUAAGUACAAUAAAAUAAUUUUUGGAGCGUA